AGUCUUAUUUAAUUUUUUAGUAUUUUUUUCGCCCCUAGGGAUUUUUGCGUCUUUCUGUUUGCUCGUUUUGAUAACCGAUUAGUUAAGUGUCAAAGAUGUCGGAUAAACCUGAAAAUUUACCGAAUUCAAACUCCGAAUUGGACGGAAAUUCCGAAAACAAACCACAAAGUACAAGCUCGAAAAAGAAAAACAAAAACAAAAAGAACCGUUCAAAUGCUCAAGAAAACAAUGACCAAGAAAUAAGUAGCGAUAAGAUCGUGCCUGAAGGCGAUGGACUGCCAAAUCCUUUAAAUCAAAUCUCCAUCAAGGAUUUAAGAGCCGCCAUGGAGGUGUUUUCUCUUAGUCAAAAACCUGCCAAGACGCAAGAGGAGGCCAUGAAGAAGAGCUACAUGUUCUGGAACACGCAGCCCGUACCAAAAAUGGACGAAAAAAUCACCGUCAACGAGGCCAUCGAGCCAGACCGGCCUGCAGGUGAAAUUAGGGCUGAGCCCUACAGUUUACCUGAUGGUUUCUCAUGGGACACUCUUAACCUGGACGAGCCCCUUGUACUGAAGGAACUGUACACUCUGCUGAACGAAAAUUACGUAGAGGACGACGACUGCAUGUUCCGAUUUGACUAUCAACCUGAAUUUUUGAAAUGGGCGUUGCAACCCCCUGGCUGGAAAAAAGAGUGGCACUGUGGUGUUAGAGUUGUGAAAAGUGGUAAAUUAGUGGGUUUUAUUUCUGCAAUACCCGCGACACUUAACAUAUACAAAAAAACGCAAAAAAUGGUCGAGAUAAACUUCCUGUGCGUGCACAAGAAGCUGCGCAGCAAACGCGUCGCGCCCGUGCUGAUCCGCGAGAUCACCAGACGCGUUCAUCUCACCGGGCUGUUCCAGGCCGUGUACACUGCCGGCAUCGUGCUGCCUAAGCCCGUGAGCUCGUGCACGUACUGGCACCGGUCGCUGAACCCGAAGAAGCUGAUCGAGGUGAAGUUCUCGCACCUGUCGCGCAACAUGACGAUGCAGCGCACGCUCAAGCUGUUCAAGCUGCCCGACAAGCCCAAGACGCCCGGGUUCAGGCGGAUGACGCAGGAGGACGUGCCGCAGGCCCACAAGUUGCUCGUCGAGUACCUAAAACGGUUCGAGCUUGCGCCGCACUUCACUGAAGAAGAGUUCGUGCACUGGUUCAUGCCGCGGCCCAACAUAAUCGACAGCUUCGUGGUCGAAGCGGGCGGCGACAUCACCGACAUGGUCAGCUACUACACGCUACCGUCGACGGUGAUGCACCAUCACCAGCACAAAAACCUCAAGGCCGCCUACAGCUUCUACAACGUGUCGAAAGAGACCCCGUGGCUGCAGCUGAUGAACGACGCGCUCAUCUCCGCCAAGCAGCUCAGCUUCGACGUGUUCAACGCGCUCGACAUCAUGGAGAACUCCGAGUUCCUCGAGACGCUCAAGUUCGGCAUCGGGGACGGCAAGCUGCAGUACUACCUGUACAACUGGAAGUGCCCGUCGAUGGGCUCCGACGAGAUCGGUCUGGUGCUGCAAUAGGGAGGCGCGGUAGGCGGUGGGUUGGGUGGACCGAAACGAAACACCGAACUUUCAAUCAGCUUCACUUUGGGUUUGCCGAUGAAGUUCCGCAGGCGCAACGAUGCGUCGAUAUUAGUUUUUAAAACAACGUUUUUUU